AUGCUAUUAAAUGCUUUGAUUAGGCUCUGUCUAUUUGCAUAAAUCCUAUUAGACUACAAAGAAAAGGUACUUUUUAAUUAAAUCUCUAUAUAGCUGAUUCACUAUUUGAGUUGCAGUUCAAAUAAGAAGCUAAACAAUUUUAUUUGA